AUCGUUGUUUCGCAUCGCAAAGUCUAGACUUAUUUGUAGGAGAGGUGACGAUAGAAUAGCGCAUGGGAAGACGGUGAUAAAAACAUCCUCGUUAUCGCCUGGGAACGCCUCCGAGGGAGCCGUAUGUCACCUGGAGGGAUAGCAGUAUUUAUCGAAUUGCCGUGGAACGGGCGAGAAUUCGUCAGGAAGAUAAUCCGCAAAAUGAUGACGCCCCUCCCGUACGUCUGCUGGCACCUUCUGUCCAGCGCGGUCGAUUUAACACGCCUCAUUUCUCUUGGGCACCGAGGCGCUGCGCUUGUAAGAUGACCAUCGACGAGACCUGGAAUAGCCACGAUCGUCAGUCGUCUUUGAGGUAGCCGCAGAAUCCUGGGUCCUGCAACAGAGAGACAAGGAGUAUCUGUUAAAAUAAAAAUUGAUUACUGUAUAUUUUUAAAUAAAUUCCAAGUACCAUACCUAGACCCCACCACCGUGAAGCAUUAAAAUCUGCUCAGAAGUUGAACCUGUCGAUCGAGGCUAUCAAUCCCUCCCCGGUUGAGGUGUCCUUCGCUGUGCUCGUUUCACAGCCAACAGCUACAGUUGCUCGCCAGUGAAAAAAGCGAUUCCACGAAUACGAAAGCGUUUCCAGAGAUUGCCUGGAAAGACGAGGAAACGAUCGCGUCGGCGGGAUAAUCGCGGAACGGCGAAGGUCCAUCAGCGGAUUCGACGAGUCUGCCGAACGUCCAAUAUCCAGGAGGUCGACCAUAAAAAGAGAGUCGAGGGAGGCGCGGGCGUUAAAAAUAUUCAAGAUCGUUUGUCAGGCUGAAUUACAGCCCCGGCCUGCAGGGUCCGUGCAUCCCCCUGGUGCCUCCCUCCUCGAGUGAUCCUCGUGACGGGGUCUAGGGAUCCUGCGGAACGCGUUGCGCAACGCGAAGAGAUUAGAAGAGGAAAGCGUCCAGGGCUACGGCUACGGCCACGACUACGACUACGUCGACGACGACGACGACGGUGACGACGACGACGACGACGAUCCCAGGCACAUGUGUCGAACCUGAAAUAUGUAGGCGUGGUCUGGACGGGACUAGCAGACGCAUCCCGACGACCGAAUAUGUUCACCCCGUUCGUACGCUCCACCCCCGUCUAAGCCUGGAACGGUUGCCAUUGGCCGGUGCCACCCUCGUUGCGCCUCCACCUGCCACGCAGAGCUCCGCGAGAUUCUACCCCUAAAUACAAGGGAUGCGCGGACUGUUCCCUCAUUUUAACGUGGUCCGCCGACGCACGCUGUGCCCUCGGGAUUCUCUCUCGCUCGCGUUCUUCAGUGUUUAUCCGGAUUCAGUGGAACAUCAGCCGCACGUGCUCCGGGACGUUCCGUGGUCCGAUGAGAUGGAGGAGUGCUCUACCUGACGACUUAGAUCGAUAGGACGUGGAAAACGUGGACGUCUUCAGAUAAGAGAUACUCUUUUGGACGCGUACUCCGGUCGAUCAUCCGGAACGGGCAGGAUGACAAUGGAAGAUCGCACGGGUGGCAUCGACCGUGCCGCCCCCGCGACGUCUACGACGGCUACGACGGCGCUAACGUCGUCCAGUCCAUCGUCCAUCAGCGACGUCACCUCCGACGCCUCGUAUCCCAUACAGCGUGCCAACAAGCGUUCCUUCGACGUGGCCUUCCUGGUGGCUCCCGACGAGAACUUGGCGCGUCGUCAGAGCGAGAAGCUGAGACUGGUAUCCACUAGGAAGGAUCGUCAUCGCGACGUGAUCUCGACGGAUCGAAUCGUCGAGGUAGUAGACUCCGACAGACUACCUCAGAAUCUGACGAUCAAGAAUUACGAGAGCGACACCGGAGGCUCGGAGAGGAGAAGGAUGAUGCAGUGUACGGACAACUCGCUGAGUCCGCCGUACAUCACCUCUAGGACCCUGACGCCGACACUGCCGUGUCUGUCGCCCGACAACGACGCUCGAAGAUACGUCUCCAGCUCGCGCCUGCAGAAGACACCGAGUCCGCCGGCGUUCGGGGGUCAUCAAUCUUUGCUGACGUGUCCCGAUUCGGUGGAGACCGGUCUGGCCUGCAGCAAGGUGUACGAGUCUGGUAUUCCCUGUUCCAGCGACAGACACGGGGAGUCUCGCAGCGCGUUCACUAAAGUGAAUCUCACAGCUCAAAGGAACGGGUUCAACGACGACGGACAGACUUCGCCUAGGUCCUCCAUAUCGCCGGAUGACCGCGCCAGUUAUCAAAGCAGCGUCAGUCCACCGGCGGUCCCGUUCACGGCUGCUGCUGGCUACAAAUACGCGCCGUUCCCCGCCAAGAUAUCGUAUCCGUUCUUGGUGAGCCCAGAGACCAGUCAACCAGGUCUGUUGGAGAAUCUGAAGAUACCUCAGAUCCCUCAGCCGCCCAAGGUACCCAGCCCAAAGAUGCCCAGUUUCCGACCAGACUUGCCACCAGUCUACCCGAAUCUCUCCUACAACCCCAUCUCGGUCUUCCCGCCGAUGGCCGAUGCUCUCGCUAGACCCAGAUUCCUGGCGACGGCCGCCGGAGUGGCAGGACUGCUACCACCUUCGUUCACCGCUCUCACCCUGCAAGCACAGAACGUUUGCGCCAAGUGCAAUCUAUCCUUUCGAAUGACGUCCGAUCUGGUAUACCAUAUGAGAUCUCAUCAUAAGAACGAGAACAUCGGCGAGUCCUCGAGGAGACGAAGAGAGGAGAAGUUGAGAUGCCCAGUCUGCGACGAGAGCUUUCGAGAGAGGCAUCACCUGACCAGGCACAUGACCGCCCACCAGGACAAGGAGAGCGACGCGAUCGUGGACCAGGUCGAGGUGAAGAGGCGGGCCACCACGGUGCACAGCAAGUGACGACGGAAAUCGCCGUCCAAGGAUCCCGCGAUCCUGACCAGUGGCUACUCCUUUGACAAUUAACGCGCGACUCUUCUCGGAGAGGACGUUUAAUCGACGUUGGGAAUGUUUCGAGGAAACAUUCACGGUCCAUUCUGGCCAGAUCUGGGUGGAAAGAUAGACGUACGGUAGUGCUUGACCGAAUGAGAAAAAUCAGGACUGGAUAUUCUCGAUAGUCUUCUAUCACAGGUCGCCGAACUUUGAUGCGGAGACGACCUUACAUGCACAGUCAGUCCCGUAACUAUUCGUACCGUUAGUGGCUAUUGAAAAAAAUUUAUCUAAAUUAAAGCAAGGUUUGACGUUUCCAAAUAAAUGUUUGGUUAUAAGUAUGUACAGGGAUAAACUUCACACAUGUAUAUGUUCAUAAUACAAAAUUGAUUUCAGAACGUCAAAUCUAUUAUUUAAUUUAGACAAAUUUCUUCAAUGGAGGGUGUGAAUACUUACGAAACUGACUGUACAAAUCAGCUAGCAUUAGUUCCUGUCCGCUUUGAAGUUCGGCCGGGCGAUUUCUCCUCGUAUAUAUAAUUUUCUCGUUUAACUACUGUACUUUAUAGAAGGGUUGCAGAGUAUCGGGAUAUUGAAAACGAGGACUACGAGUACCGGCGUUUUCAAUUAUUCGACGCGAUUGUUUCGAGUUUGUUGAUUUUUAUUCGAGUUUGAAUGUUUCAAGUCGUUGACGGAGACUCCAAGUUCUUCCAGUUUUUUGGUUUCCGUUUUAGAUAACCACGCUCUCGAGUCGGUAGUCGAAAUGUACGUAGUUCGAACCCCGCGGUAUGCAUAUUGUACUAUCACUAUUGUCCAUUGUUAAUGGAUGUUCAAAAGUUUUUGCACGUCCCCCUUUAUUGAAGUUAAUAACGUGAAUGAUUAAUAUGGCAUUUACAUACGUGGUAUACGCGUACGAUAACGAGCUAAUCGAUAGGUACUUUACCGAUUAUCAUAGACAGACUUUAUCUUACGAUCCGCGAUAAAGCGGCAUUCCCUCUCUAGUCAAUAUUAGGUAGGCGAAAUUUGUAAAUAAUUCGGACAUUAUCGUAGCUUUAAGGGUAUCGUUGGUCGCUGGAAGGUCCCUUGAAUUCCAGUACAGGUAACCGUGACGAUAUUUUAACUGAAAUUUUACUUUAUCGAAGUUUCUUUCCGUGGAAUCUAAGCUCAUCGCUGAUCGAUUAAAAAAUUUGAAAAGCUGAGCGUUUCGAGGAUCGUGUUAUUCGCGUUUCGCGGAAGGCAGGUGAGUCGAGGGGGUGUAUAACGCAGGUGGGGCUAGAGUCGUCCACAGGCGGGUGUGUAAGCCGCGCUCGUUCGUGUGUCGGGGGUGGCGUGGCAAUAAAUAGAUCGUAAACCGUACCCCGGGCUAACACACGAACCGUCGGAGCGCGCAUAAUGGUAGGAAACAAUGAAUGCCGUAAUCGGAAACAGUGCCGGUUUGUUAUCUGCCAUUUACACUCCAUUUAACUUCAAACAGUGAAUCGGCUGGCGCGCAUUCGCGUUUUAAAUACACGCGACCUCCAGCCACCCCCCUAGUCGACUCCACCCCCGCGGCAGCCACGAAUCCCGUGGACGUACGGCUUAACAUAGGGUUAACCUGCCGGCCAGAGUGGUUUAAUAUUGUCUGGAAUUGCUUGACUUAUCGCCACGUUCUCCGGGGGCUUAAUGCUUGCUUAUUUCACCACCGUUUGGAUGAUGCUCCGGUCACCUGUAGGUAGCGAUGGAACUAACCAUAUCGCAAGCAUCGUCGAAACCUUAUUAAAGUAUCUUGCCAAAUAUCGCGUGGUUAAUUGGUUACCUUGGAUUCGAAGGAUAACGACCGGCGACUCGUCGAUUACAAUCGCUAAGAAUAGAAUUAAAGACUACAGUAUUCUGUACAGCAAUAAUUACCAGUAGCAUGUAUAUAUUUCUCGUCGCAAAGUGGCUGCGAAUAGUUGCUCUGUGUAGAAUUCGACGUUGUCAAAUAACGAAUCCUAUAUCGACACUUAGGGUAUCGCGGUCCAUACGAUGUCGUCUCGGUUCUACGCAUACGAUAUUAACCAGAUGUAAAUGAUUCGUUUAGACGUAAGGAUAACCGACGUUCUGUUUCGUUUUAGAAUUAUUUAUCACGACGUGUCACGUUGUAUCGACUCGAAUGUAAAUAUCACUCUGUACAUAAGCACUGUAUGUACCCGGAAUCGUUGUUAACGAAUAAAAAGAGUAUCACGUGAGAAGGACUCUGCGUAACCGUAACACCAUCCCCCAAUUUCAGUUUUUCGCAUUUUUUUUUUCAUUUCUUUUGUGAUAUUUUUUUUUUGUACGAGAAAUGUACGAAUUUUUUGACAAAGGAUAUGUGAUGGAUUACUGUGUUUUUUCGUGACUCUGAUAGUGGUGUUAGUAAUCGAGUUGGGCAAAAUUUCAUUUGAAUACUGGAUGACAAAUAGAAAUAUUCUACAAUGAUUUAUUUACUACAUUAUAGAACAAAAUUAAGCGCGAUACCCACUGUCGGUUAAUAUUAAUAUUUUUAGACAGCUUACUUAAAUGUUGCAUCGUAAUUCGUUACACGUAAUAAUACUUUCGCUGAGAGGUGGCAUCAAGGCCCCUGUUUUUGCUCGAUUCUCUCUUUUCCCGCUCUCGUUCGAUUGUCUCUGUAUCAUCAAAAGCCGAUUACACGGCAAUAGAUUAAUUUCUGACCACUCCAAUGUACUCCUAUGGUCUCGCGAGCGUCGGAUCGAUCGUCGUUUCCUAAUAAAACGAUCGCUCGUAAAACACCCUGCGUCCCGAGACGAUUAUUUUCAAAAGCUACGAGCUCUGAGGAAACGGGGCACAGUUUGUGCUCUGCACAGACGAAUCGAUCGUUCCCGUCGCGAAUACUAAAAAAUGUAGCUUCCCUGGUCGAAAAUAUUUGGUGGUACCACUCGUCCAGGGUGUCGAAGGACAUCAUCGGUGGCGAGUACGCGGCAAACGUUGACUUGUUGAAUCGACCAUCGAACAGGAAAGCUCCCGGAAGACUAUCUGAAGAGGUAUCGGCCUCGACGAAGAAAAAUCCACAGAGAAAUCCCCUAAACGGGUAACGUUAAGCCCGUCGAAACCGCAGCCAAUACGACAAACAAUCUCUUACCGCCCUCGUUCCGGCUUAACUUCGGCCCUUAACCCCCUCCAACCCCUCUGUAAGUGUACUUACCCUCUGCCCGAGGUCCAUAAAGAUAAAUAACACGAAGCAUCCACGGGGCUUCCAGAGUAGUUGUAUCCCUUAUAAAACUAGGUGGAACCCCCCUCU